AUUGGUUGCUUUUCCAACCAUUCAAAUCCAUUCAAUUAAGAGUACAGGCUUUUGUAUAAUUUAAGCUUAACUUAAACAAAGUAUUGAGCUUUUAUAGAGGAAUAUCUUACAAGGAGAGUUUAAGCUACCGAUUUAAACAAAGACGGGAAGAAUACAAGAUGAAAGUAGCUGUUUUUGCAUUUUUGGCCUUUCUGUUCUGCUGUUCUGGGACUAUAGACGGAGCUGUAUGUGGUCGAAGAUCGUACAACCCUUCAACUCAGAAAUGUUGUAAUGGCGUCCUCAGUUCUAAAGGAUUCAGCAGUGCAUGUUGUGGAACAAGAUCGUACAACCCUUCAACUCAGAAAUGUUGUAAUGGCGUCCUCAGUUCUAAAGGAUUCAGCAGUGCAUGUUGUGGAACAAGAUCGUACAACACACAAACUCAGAAAUGUUGUAAUGGCGUCCUCAGUUCUAAAGGAUUCAGCAGUGCAUGUUGUGGAACAAGAUCGUACAACACACAAACUCAGAAAUGUUGUUUAUGGCGUCCUCAGUUCUAAAGGAUUCAGCAGUGCAUGUUGUGGAACAAGAUCGUACAACACACAAACUCAGAAAUGUUGUAAUGGCGUCCUCAGUCCUAAAGGAUUCAGCAGUGCAUGUUGUGGAACAAGAUCGUACAACACACAAACUCAGAAAUGUUGUAAUGGCGUCCUCAGUCCUAAAGGAUUCAGCAGUGCAUGUUGUGGAACAAGAUCGUACAACACACAAACUCAGAAAUGUUGUAAUGGCGUCCUCAGUCCUAAAGGAUUCAGCAGUGCAUGUUGUGGAGCAAGAUCGUACAACACACAAACUCAGAAAUGUUGUAAUGGCGUCCUCAGUCCUAAAGGAUUCAGCAGUGCAUGUUGUGGAACAAGACCGUACAACCCGGCCUUUCAAAGUUGUUGUUAUGGACGUUUGUGCUAAAAUAAUUUUAAGUACAUUUAUGCAUUGACAAAAGUUUCAUUGCUUUGAAAAAUAACACUUUUAAACAAAAAGUUCAAUAGUUGGAACACAUAAAAAUGAACAACCUUUCACAUUUUUAUAUAAUGUAAUUGGUUAAGAAGUAAAUGUUCGAUUAUAAUAUAA